AUGGGAGAGAAAAGAUCAGCACGAUCAUUAAACGAACACCUAGCUCUACCUCCUCCCCCAUCACCUGGUGUAGCUGUAGCCAUUAACGGAAAGAAGAAGAGCAAAUACGUCACGUUUUGGGCUCUUGAGAAGUUAAUCCCUCAAGGCUUUUCUGAUUUCAAAUUGAUCCAUGUUCGUCCUCCUAUCACUUACAUUGUUACCCCAAUGGGGAAAGCGAUAUCGAUAUCAGAGGCAAGAGCUGAAGUAGUAUCAGAUUACAGAAGAGAAGCGGAUUCGAAAACAAAUGAGAUGCUUCUUCCUUACAAGAACAUGUUCGAAAGGAGAAAGGUACGAGUAGAGAUCCUAGUGCUGGAAUCACACGAUCCUGUAGCUGCGAUAGCGGAAGAGAUUGCUGGAACUGGAGUCACCAAACUCGUUAUAGGUAUUUCUGUUCCUGGAUUCUUCACGAAAAAGAUCGAUAUGGCUUCUUUGAUCGCGACUGCUGUGCCAAGAUUCUGCACAGUCUAUGUUGUCUCAAAGGGGAGACUAGCUUCCGUGCGUCCUUCCGAUUCAGAAUCUAGCGGAAGGAUAACGUUCGAGAGAAUGGAGAGAGACAGUUCCACGAGUAGCUCUCCUGAUAGUUCUAGUCCCAGAGCCCAUUCGCGCAACAACCAUGAGAUAGCUAAUAUGGAUGGGGGAGCAGUGAUUCCUGCGAACUAUUCAUUUGUUUCCCAUCAAGCAUCUAACAUGUCUGAUGGUCACCCCAGUGUCCAUUCAACGACAGAUAAUAAUCAGAAGUUGAGAGCCGAGCUGAAACAUGUUCAGGAUAUGUAUGCUACGACUCAAACCGAGACUGCUGAAGCCUUUCAAAAGGUUAUAGUUAGAGCUUUUGAACCGCAUAGACCGUGCAAUUUUAAUGUUAUGUUACAUUUCUUGUUCCUAUUUGGGUUUUGGUUGCAGCUAACAGAGCUAAACAAGCGAAGAUAUGAAGAGUCAGAGAAGCUUAUGAAGCUGAGAGAAAAGGAAGAAGAAGCUAAAGAUUCAGCUUCAAAGGAGAAGCAGAGGUACGAAGAGACGAUGAAGGAGGUAAAGAAAGUUAAAGAACUCAUGAUGAAAGAGGCUUUACGCAGAAGAGAAGUUGAGAUCAAAGCAGAACGUCACGCUAAAGAGAAAGAUAAGCUCCACGCUUCUCUCAUCUCUCCAGGGAUCCAGUACCAAUACUACUCAUGGGAAGAGAUUGAAGUCGCGACUUCAAACUUUUCGGAAGAACUCAAAAUCGGAGUCGGAUCCUAUGGGACCGUUUACAAAUGCAAUCUCCAUCACACGAUUGGUGCUGUCAAGGUCCUUCAUGCAGGAGAAACUCAACUCUCUAAACAGUUUGAUCAAGAGCUUGAGAUCUUGAGCAAGAUCCGACAUCCUCACCUUGUCCUCCUCCUUGGGGCAUGUCCCGAACGAGGCUGCCUGGUUUACGAAUACAUGGACAAUGGAAGCUUAGAUGACAGGUUGAUGCAAGUCAACAACACACCUCCUAUCCCUUGGUUCAACCGUUUCAAGAUCGCCUUAGAAGUCGCUUCAGCGCUAGUUUUCCUCCACAAAACAAAGCCUAGACCAAUCAUUCACCGUGACCUCAAACCAGGAAACAUCUUACUUGACCACAACUUUGUCAGCAAACUCGGAGAUGUUGGUCUAUCCACGAUGGUUAAUCAAGACGACAAUUCUUCUAAACUAACCGUCUUAAAGAAAACAAAUCCUGUGGGAACACUAUGUUACAUCGACCCUGAGUAUCAACGGACCGGGAUAAUCUCACCUAAGUCUGAUGUGUAUUCACUAGGUAUUGUGAUUCUGCAGCUGAUAACUGCCAAGCCCGCGAUAGGCAUUACUCACAAGGUUGAAGAAGCUAUUGGAGACGAUGCUGAGUUUAUGGCAUUGUUGGAUAUGAAAGCUGGACCGUGGCCUAUUAGUGAGACUCGUGAGUUAGCUGCUUUGGGACUAUGGUGUACCGAACUGAGACGCAGAGACAGACCAGACCUUAAAGAUCUGAUCAUCCCUACUUUGGAACGGCUUUGGAAAGUCGUUGACAAAGCUCAAAACCUUCGGGGGAAAACUCCUUCUGGUCCUCCAUCUCACUUCAUUUGUCCACUUCUCAAGGGAGUGAUGAACGAGCCGUGCGUAGCUGCAGAUGGGUACACGUACGAUCGUGAAGCCAUACAGAACUGGCUGAGAGAGAAUGAUACGUCCCCGGUGACAAAUCUUGAGUUGCCUGACAAGAACCUUCUUGCUAAUUACACUCUUUACUCAGCAAUCAUGGAGUGGAAAUCCAAUAAACAAUAA